AUGGUAAGUUUCUCCAGUCUUGGAGGCUCUUCCCGGCUGGCCAAGGAAAGGGCCGAGGCUUUCCUCCGUAAAAACCCGAAACUCCCUUACACGGCGGCGACAUCGGUAGCUCAGGUGCUCGGUUUUCCUUACAAUAUCAUCCCGGAGCUCCCCGCCGUCCUCCGCUACCUCCGCAAGCUUUGGAGCUUGCCGGGCUGGCUCUGUUCCUUGAUACUGAAGAAGAAGCAGGUGACCAAGCGGGCGGCGGCGGAGAUCUUCACGCGCAGCCUGAUCACUCUGGGUCCGAAGGAGACGGCGUCGGCCCACUCGUGGACAUUCUGGGUCGGUAGGUCGGCCACUCCCGGCUCAAUUUGCCCGGUCUACACCUUCACUACCGUGGAGGGCUUCUGGAGUUUCUACAACAACAUGUGCCAGCCUAGCCAGUUGACUCCUGGUUUUGAUUUUUAUUUCUUCAAAGAUAAUAUAGAGCCCAAGUGGGAAGGGGAGGAAUCUGUUCAUGCUGAGGGAGGGAAAUGGACUCUAAGUUUCUCCAGAGGGGAAUCUAACUUUCCCUGGCAACAGACGUUGCAAGCACUGGUCAAUGAACAGUUUCAUCAUCGGCAUGAUGUAUGUGGAGCGGUUGUCAAUAUUAGAGAUGAGCAAGAAAAAAUCUCUCUUUGGACCAAGAAUGCAGCAAAUGAGAAUGCUCAGCUGAGCAUUGGCAAACAAUGGAAGGGAUUUUUGGAUAUCAAGGAAACUAUAGGGUACACAGUACAUGUUGGUGCUAAUGAAGAGGAUAGCAGUGCCGAGAAUAUUUACACUGUCUGAUCAUAGUCUGAUCAUAGUAAUUUGAUAGAAAGAAACUCUUUAGCUCAUAACCAAACCCUGCACUUGUUACUACAGGGUACUAUAGGGUAUAUGCUUACAUAACUAUGAUAGGUGACACAAGUACUGAGAUCAAUUAACCCUGCACUUGUUUGCUUAUAUGACUGAUAUGUGAGACAAGUACUGAGAUCAAAUAGGGUAUGUUUACCCGGUGAGA